CUUGUUUCGCAGGAGGGAGAUUUCCUGGUACGAACCCACCAUGUUGAGUACUGUGAUGGGGGAAUUCUGGAUCCUGAUGAUGUGCUUACAGACCUGGUAGAGGACAAGGACAAGCUGAUCGCUGUAUACGAGGAACAUGAGGCCCAGCAGAGGGGAGCCAUGAGUCCCGGGAUUGGAACAGGGACAAGAAGCAGCCUAAAUGGACAGUCCAGCCCAGAACCCUACGAAUCUGAACUCACCUGCUUCCAGCCAAUCAAAGGAGGAGAGAUCGAAGUCAACUCAUCUGCCCUCAAGUCCAGUACUCCUCUGCUGGUACGGAGCAGUAGCGAUUCUGCGCUUGGACCUCCUCAGAUGGAAGAUGGGAAUUGCAGAGCCAUGGGAAUCCACGUACAGACUGACAUGGACUUUACAGCUGAGGUCACCUGCAACAACAAAUCUGGCCCUUUCAGUGUCAACCUCACAAGGACGGUGGAGAUUUCAGGAGAACAAGGGCCUCUAGGAAUACAUGUGGUGCCUUACUGUUCCUCUCUCAGCGGAAGGGCUCUGGGUCUGCACAUUCGAGGGGUGGAAGAGAACAGUCGCUCCAAAAGGGAAGGCAUCUUUCAGGAUGACGAGUGCAUCGUUAAAAUUAAUGAUACUGAAUUAAUGGACAAAUCCUUUUCACAAGCACAGGAAAUAUUCCGACAAGCCAUGCAUUCAUCCAUCAUUCGUUUAGAAGUUGUUCCAGUUUUUAAUAAAGAACGCUUUGAGAAGAGUGUGAUCGGCCACCUCUUCAACUCAGAAAACCCUGAUGCAUCCACACGGACCAAAGACCCUCCACCGCUGAAUGUGAAGCCCAUCGUGAUGCCUGUGGAGUCCUCCUCAGGAUGUCAAGCUGAGUUUCAGGAGUCCAACAGCAGUCUAGAGGGUCGCUCUCUGGGCUCCCCAUUACCCAUCAGGCACUCACCCACCCCCAGAAGCAAAAGUGCUGACAGCCCCCUCCUGAAAAACAGCCUGGGACCAUCACCUCUACAAAACCACAACAAAAAGGGUGGAAAGAGGCUCAGAAUCGACCUUAAGAAAGGUCCUGAAGGUCUGGGCUUCACUGUUGUGACCAGAGAUUCUUCUGUGCAUGGGGCUGGUCCCAUCCUCGUCAAAAACAUCCUACCCAGAGGAGCUGCUGUCAAAGAUGGCCGCCUGCAAUCGGGUGACAGGAUCCUAGAAGUGAACGGUGUGGACAUCACUGGCCAUUCUCAGGAGGAACUGGUGGCCAUGUUGCGAAGUACUAAGCAGGGGGACAGUGUGUGUCUGGUUGUGGCCAGACAGGAAGACAUAUUCCUUCCACGUGAGCUGAAAGAGGAGCAGGCCCGCUUGCUGCUGUCUGAGGAAGGGAAGGAGCAGCUGAUGUUUGAGGUCCCUCUCAAUGAUUCAGGCUCAGCAGGGUUAGGGGUCAGCCUGAAGGGUAAUAAGUCCCGUGAGACUGGCGAGGACCUGGGUAUCUUCAUCAAGUCCAUCAUCCACGGAGGUGCAGCUUUUAAGGAUGGGCGUCUACGUGUCAAUGACCAGCUGAUUGCCGUUAAUGGUGAGACACUUUUGGGGAAGUCCAACCAUGAGGCCAUGGAGACCCUGCGGAGAUCCAUGUCCAUGGAGGGGAACCUCAGAGAAAUUAUCCAGUUGGUUGUACUCCGUGCUCUAGCACCACCUACCCAAGAGUUCCAGGAAGCACGGCAAAUUCUCAAUCGAUCCUUUGAUAGCUGCGUGGGGCAGGCAGGGCACCUCGGCCAAUCAGAUGGCAGCACUCAGCCCCCCAUGGUGAUGAACAGCAUCUAUGAGCGAUGUGCGGUGAGUAGUGGGGUGGAGUUGGGACCCACGCUAGGCCUGAAGAAGUCCAGUUCUCUAGAGAGUCUUCAGACUGCCAUGACAGAGGCCAAGAGAAACGAGCUGCUGCCCUUCCACAGGCACCGGCCACACAUGGUGAGAGGGCGUGGCUGCAACGAGAGUUUCCGUGCAGCAAUCGACAAAUCAUACGAUGGCCCGCCAGAGGAUGAUGAUGACGAGGGGUCGGACCAGAGCUCUGGACGAGAUACUCCGGCCAGCGGCUCCUACAGACAAGGUGCGGGAGACAAUGAGGAGAACAAGAAAGUCAAGAAGAAGAAGGCCAAAGGCAAGAAGAAAGACAAGUUGAAAAGCAAAGGAAAGGAGAAAGAGAAGAAUAAAUCAGAGGAGAUCGGUGAUGAGCUGGAUAAGAAGACCAAGAAGAAAGGAUUCGGGUUGCUGAGAUUUGGAAAGAAAAAAGAAGAGAAGAGCAAGACGGAGACAAAAAUGAAUGCGCAGAAGCAGAUGUCAGAAAUUCUGAGUGAGGAAGAGUUGGAGAGGAUGAAGGAAGAGAGAGAAAGAAUUGAGGCCAAGCACCAGGAAUUGAGGGAACGCCAGGUUCGGGAACACUUCUCCCCACCUGACGUGGAGGAUGAUGGCCUGGACCCGAACUACGCCCGCAUUAACAACUUCAGGGUGCGCGGAUCACCUUCCCAGCCACGGUAUGGUAACUGCAGCCCAUCCCCACAGAGACCCCCACCCCCAGUGUCCCACAGCAGAGAGCCAUCCACAGAAGACCCUUUGGACGGCCUGUACGCCAAAGUCAACAAACAGCGAAGCCUUCCGCCUCCUGCUGCAGGCAGCAGUAUGGACCGUAUCCAGCAGCUGAGGAGGGAGUAUCUCCAGGCUCGUAGAGAGGGAGCAGCUCCAGCCUACGAGGAACUCGAGGCCAGACAGAGAGGACCAGAGUACGACCCGCACAGAAUGCCAGUGAGAAACCCUGACCCCAGAAUGACACCCCGCUAUGAGGACGUCGAGCGACAGUAUGCCUCCCUGCCCAGAAGAGCACCAGUCGAACCUAAUGAGUAUCCCAUGCAGCCGUGGGCUGGACACAGGGACCCAACACCCUACCCAAAUCCACAGUCCGGCUACCACCCCAGAUACCCUCCCAGAGACAACUAUCCUCGCCUUGUGGACCCCCGGCAGAACGACUCAGGGUUCCAUCACCCUCCUCCACAGCAGAGAGGCCCGCUUCGACAGGACGUGCCCCCUUCUCCCACCAUACCCCUCCGAGGCCCUCGCUUUGACACCAUGAACCGUGGCGGCUACCGCAACAACAGCCCAGAGCGUUACGCGUAUGGAGAGGCGCGACACUCAGACCCAAGACAGAAGAGUCCAAUGACGGCGGCAGUUUAACCUCAACAUUUAUUUUUCACCCGGUGUACGAUGCUUCUAGAGCAAGCACCAGUGUGCCUACAGUUAUGGACAGGUGUUUACAUGUUUUUACUAACAAUUUGCUCUAUACUAUCUGAUCUUGAUAGCCAAAGCUACAUCUUAGAGUCCUGGCACAGCGUUUGCAGGGACAAUGAUCCAUAUGUAACUCAGUCCCACUCAGACGGUCCCUCCAUAUGUUUGUGUGUCUGUAAGAUUAAUGUUGGCCCUCAGAUCCAGAUAUAAACACAUUCCAGCACCACUUUUAUUAGAACAUUAUUGUUCAAUCUUUACAGUGAUCAUUUGAAACUCUGGUAUGGGUGUACAAAUGUGUGUCUGCUUUUGCUUAUGUUAAAUAUUUUAGAGCACUCCAUAUACUCUUUGAAUUUAACUUUUCUAUAAUGGAAGGAUAUUAAGCCACUAUACGAGAUUCAAAUCAACAUUGUGUCAUCUUAAAAUAUUUCUUAUUUGGUAUAUGUAUAUCAUGUAUAACAAAAAAGUACAACAAUUUCGUACUGAAAAUCGUAGUCUUGAAUAUUUUGUAAAAAUACCACAGUACAACUGUCCUUUAUGUGAAGUCAUAUAAACAAAGGAAGAUGAAGAAAAAGAGGUUGUUUUCUGGUAGAGGAAAGGAGAGUCCAAAGAAGCUCUGACACAGAGGAAGGAAGGGUGAGAACCGCUCGUCUUCCUGGGCUUACAGGAAGUUCAGGUAACAUGAUAAAUAAAAGUAUUAUUGAUUGUAGUAUGUGAUAAUCAUGUGAAACACAUAUGUAGAUUUUUACAAAACAGAAGUA